CGCAUGAAGCAACCCGAGGGCUGAGAGUAGCGUGCGGGCAGAGCCGCUGCUCGCUAGUUUUCCCAGGGCCGGCGUCGAGGUAAAGGUUACAGGGGAGAACUUCUCGCCGUCAUGUUUCCAUAGGAGAGAGCCGCAGGCUCCAUCCGCCAGCAUUGCCGAGCUCAGCAAUGGACAACUCGAUAACUCUGUGGCAAUUCCUGCGGCAGCUUCUGGAUGAGAACAAAAAUGAUCUCAUCUGCUGGACGUCCAAGGAUGGCGAGUUCAAGUUACGGAACGCGGAAGAGGUAGCGCGGCUAUGGGGAAUGCGCAAGAAUAAAACCAACAUGAACUAUGACAAGUUGAGCCGAGCUCUUAGGUAUUACUACGAUAAGAAUAUCAUCAAGAAAGUAAAUGGGCAGAAGUUUGUGUAUAAGUUUGUGUCGCUGCCAGACAGCCUGGCAAUGGUGUCGGACAAAUACGACAGUGGUGAGAGCGAGUGGGCGAUCGGCAGGACUGGGGAGAAAGGCCUUUCGUUGCCCAGGCAACUGAAGGCCAGCACCAGAGUCUCAUCAAGAAAUGAGUAUAUGCGCUCAGGGCUCUAUUCCACGUUCACCAUCCAGUCUCUGCAAAGCACCAAUCACCGGCCAAGGGAAGCCAACAACCCUGCGAAAAGCCUGGAAGUGCUGGAGCAGGAGAGGAAAGCCCAGAUUCUGGAGAGUCUUGCUGAGGAGCUGGAGCUCAAGCAGCAGAAAGAAGAGGAACCACAUUCCCAGGCCUACAGUGACUCUUCAAUGGAAACCUUGAGUGAUGUCUCCCACCAGGGAGACCUCAAGGUGAAGAUGGAGGUGACAGAUGAUUUGGAUUGUAUCAUCUUGGAUGCUAUACCAGCUUCUGAUGAAUUAGCUCAGGCUCCGAGCCCCAGUAAGAAACAGUCAGGAAGUGACAGUAACCUUCAGCCGCCAAAACCCAAGAAGCCAAAGGACCUGGAGCUGCCCACAACACUCCUCACAACCCAGAACAGUCCUCCACCAGAUAAAAGCAACCCUGGCCUUUUGAACACGGUGGUCUUCCCACCCUCUAGUUCGGUUACUCCAACGCUGAUCGCUCAACACGUUCAGGAAUUGACUGAGUGUAACUACUACCACCAUGCUCGAUGUGUUGGCCUGGCAAAGGACGUUGAUGUUAAUUUGUUUAGUGGAUUUGGAGAGACAAUGAUGGGAUCUCUCCUCUGCAUUAAUCUACAUCCUACUCCGAUAAUACUGACACCAAAUACUUUGCCAUCUGCCAUUCAUUUCUGGAGUACACUCAGCCCCAUCGCUCCAAUGAGUCCCGCAAAACUCUCGUUCCAGUUUCCCUCAGCCGGGAAUACCCAGAUCCACAUCCCCAUUGCCAGUAUGGAUGGACUAUCGACACCAGUGUUGUCAUCGCCGGCUCUCCAGAAACCUUAAAUGAACUUGGUAUUACUCGAAGUUGAUGGAGCAGGAGGCAGAAUUUGAUACUGCCUCAUCAAACUGACCUUGGGUACGCUGCGCUGUCAGAAUGUAUUGAGGAGACGUAGAGUCAGAUUCUGUGCAUAAAUCUCUUCAGGCUGGACUGUUAGAGAAGAUGCUUGGCACCAUCAGCAAGGAAAAUUAUUGAAGCUCUGAGGUGGAGUGUGAUAGGAGGGUGAAACUCAAUCCAGACUCCGUUGCUCGUACAGUGUGCCUGAACCCUUGAAUUGCUGCUUCAAAACAAGUUAAUUACCUCACUCACAGUAGUUCCACCUUGAGGCAGGAAGUUGUGGGUUCAAGUCCCAGAGGAACAAUGAAACCUCAUCACUGCAGGGCAGUGCGGAGGGAGUGCCGCACUCUUCAAAGUGCUGUCCUCAGGGUUAGGUAUUAACUUGAGCACCACUUACCCUCAAAGACGGAAGAAGACCAGAGGCUCCUGUUGUCCUGAGUCCCUCAAUCAAUAUUAUCCAGGAUCUUCACUUGGUUGUUUAUGAAAGUUUGACAUGCACAAACCGGCCACCUCACUUCAUAGUUACAUGAGUGACUACUAAAGGUACUACUUUGGAUGUCAUGGAUUUUGAGAUAUUCUGGAAGGGAUGUGUGAGGUGCUAAAGAAAUGCAAAUCUUCCUCUCAGAACCGAGUCAAAUGAGCUUUCAGGCUGGAAAUCAUCAUCUGCCAAUUGCACUGGUGCUGGUCUCUUGAGGUGAACCAGAAUAAUCUAAUGAGUAUGGCACCCAAAGAAGUUCUUGAGCUUCGUGUUGGAAUAUCAGUUAUUAAAUAAGUUGGUGAUAAUCAAAAUCAGAAUCAAUUUAAUAUCAGUGACCUAUGUCAUGAAAUUUGGUAUUUUGCAGCAGUAGUACUGUGCAAUACAUUAAAAAUACUACAAAUUACAAUAAGAAUAAUAUAUUAAAAGAUAAAUAUUUAGUGCAAAAAGAGCAAAAGUAGUGCAGUAGUGUUCAUGGGUUGGUUAUGGACCAUUCAGAAAUCUGACGGUGGAGGGAAAGAAGCUGUUCCUAAAAUGUUGAGUGUGCUUCAUCAGGCUUGUGUGCCUCCUCCCUGAUGGUAGUAAUGAGAAGAGGACAUGUCCUGGGUGAUGGGGAGCACGAUGAAACUAUUGGAAUUUUGUGAAAAAACAAUCAUGACUUGCUAAUCUCCGUAAGGUAUUGCUGGGGGUGGGGGGGGGGGUUCUCAUUCUUUAGAUCUUUUCAUAAUUACGUUAACUGGUUCUUUCUCCAAUGCAAAGCUUUACCCCCUGACCUCUGACAUUGCAGAAUUUGUAAUUGAAACCUUUCGGACUGUACCUAGUUUCAUAUGUAUAAGUAGCCCUUAACAAUUGAAUUUGGGUAUUAAACUGUAAGACAUGGCACCAGAAUUAGGUCAUUCGGCCCAUUGUAUCGCGGCUGAUUAAUUAUCCCGCUCAACUCCAUUCUCCUGCCUUCUCCCGGUAACCUUUGACACCCUGACUAAUUGAGAAGCUAUCAACUUUUGCUUUAAAUAUACCUAAUGAUGUGUCCUCCACCUUCGUGAAUUCCACUGCUUUCUGAUGAAAAAAGUUCCUUCUCAUCUCUGUUCUAAAGGGGUCUCCUUGUAUUUUGAGGCUAUGCCUUCUAGUACUAGACUCCCCCACUAUUGGAAAUAUCCUCUUCAUGUCCACUCUAUCAAGGCUUGUUGAUAUUCGAUAGGUUUCAAUGAGGUUUCCACUUCCUCCUUUUAAACACCGGAGACUACAAGCCCAGAGCCAUCAAACGCUCCUCAUACAUUAAUAUAAUUAUAAAUGUGACCAUAUUAAAUAGUGGUCAAGAAUAUCCAGGAGCGAUUUAAAAGAAAGUUGUUAAUGAGAAAUAUUAAAAGCAUGAACUAGUACUUGGAACCCGUACAGCUGCAGGCCUGUCGGGGUGAGUAGUCUCUUCCUGUGUUCUACCCAUUCUGUGAUACAAAGUUAGACUGCACCAGUUUUCUAAUGUAUUGCAACAUUAGCAAGCAUGAGUAAUGUUGUUAGACAAUGUGUGCGGAAGAUGUGUCUAUUUAUAUAACGGUGGUUUACCAGCAGUGACACCAGUCACUCUAAGGAGUUUGCUUCGCAGUCCCUGUGGUUUUGUGAGAGCAGCCAGCUAAACAAUAACAGGCACAAAAGUCGGGGAUGGAAAGAGUAAUUUGGUCCAAUGAGCAGGUUAAAACUGGAUUUAAUGAAGGUAUAUUCCAGUUAUCAUUAUGUGGUUAGGAUCAGACCUUUACCGUUUAAAUGGCAUAAUGCUGUAAGAUGUAGUGACAGGAUUAACCCAAUCAGCUCUCAUCCACCAUUUUUUCCAACCCCAUUCUUCUGUCUUCUGCCUGUAACCCUCAUUCCCUUUACCAACCAAGGACCUAUCAAUCUCUGCCUUAGAUACACCCAUUGACUUGGCCUGGGCAGCCUUGUGCAGCAACAAAAUCCACAAUUUCACCACACACUGGCUGCAGAAAUUCCUCCUUGUCUCAGUUCUAAAGGGAGGUCCCUUUUAUUCCAAGAAUGUGCCUUGUGUAAGGUUAAACGAGCCAGUCAGAAUUACCUGGCCCAGAAUCCAGUUUUCAACUCAACCAUAUUGCCUGACAGAUGGCUUCAGAUAAUUAUUUGAGGAAAGGGCUUUUCUUCUGAUACUUGCUUACUUUAAAUUGCUGCAUGAUAGGAAUUUCUGAUGCGGGAACAAUUCUAUCCAUUAUGUUUGUCUAAGAAGAACUAUCAAGACUAAUCUUCAAUCAUGAGCUGGAAGUCAUAGAGUCAUACAGCAUCUGUAUUAACACCCUAGCCCACCAGCAACUUGGCCCAUAGUUGUCUCUGUUUUGGCAAUUCAAGUUGUCAUUGAGACAGUUGAAAAUUCGGUCAGUGACUGGUUCCACCACUCUCUCAGGCAGUGCAAGCUAUGGUUUCUUGUAGGAAACAAAACUAAUUCAAGUCAUUCUGUUGUAAUUGUGUUUAUAAUCUCAUUGAUUUAAGCCAAGUGUAGUAGAAUAUAAAGAAAGAUGAAAGUACAGUUUUGGCUAAGUUCUACCAAAAUUAAUUUGAUUAGAGUAAUACAACAGUCUCUAAGUCACCAUCUCUCUCCAUCUCUUUUCUAACUCAUUCUAAAAAUGCGCAGGAAGCAGAUUUAUUGACCAAUUUUUAAAGAGAUCCCCGAGAGGUGGAGUGAGCAUGUAGAACGUAGCACUGUCUCCAAGCCCAGCUCACUCACUUGCAUGUUGAGACUCAGUCUCAAGUUGUUGAGCUGCAGAACACCGACAAUGUUACAGCACGGUGGCAUACCAGGCAGCAUGAUGCUUUAUGGUGUUUGCAAUCAGGGUUCAAUUCCCGCGCACUCUGUAAGGAGUCAAUACAUUUUUACUGUCACUGUGUGGGUUUCCUAUCACAUUGCAAAGAUGUAUGAGGUUAGAGUUAGUAGGUUGUGGGCAUGAUAGGUUGGCACUGGAAGCAAGGUGACACAGGCUGCCCACAGCACAUCCUUGGAUAGUGUUGGUUGUUGAUGCAAUCAACAUAUUCCACUGUAUGCUUUGAUGCACAUGUGACAAAUAAAGUUAAUCUUUAAAUCUUUAACUGAGACAAGCUCAUUUACUGAUAUGUCACUAUGUUGGAGUCACAUUUGGAGAAGUUAUUAUGGACAGUGGUCUGUGCAACACUGUCCCCUUUUUUAAAGAGUACAGGAUUGAAAUAUAUUGUUCAAACAGAGUCAAAGCAAUUUUCCUGAACUAGUCAUGCACUUUCUAACCUGGUAGUUAUCAAAGUUAAUGUCCUGAAAUAAGAAGAGUACCAUUCUGUAACAUGGUUGGUUCCUAUUUUGAGAUCAGCCAUGAUUUAACUGAAUGAUAGCAUUGACUUCAGGGGUUGAAUGGCCUCUAAUGUUAUAAUAUAUUCUUCUAAUAAAUCUAGUAUGUUGUAAAUUGGUGACUAAAGUCAUGAUGCUAUUCUGCUAUAUAGCUUUUAUAACACAUGUAUAUUAUUAACAAAAGAUAGCCUUUAUAAAUAGAUUUAUUUUUUCAAUGUUGUGUAUGUUCCUGUAAUCGGAUGGAGUGAAUAGAUUCUAACAGAACACAAGCUGCUACCUUUGAUAAUUGAUUAUUAGUGUUCAUCUGACUUAUUCCUGUUACAGUGACCCCCUUUUUUAAGUGUCAAUGAAAUGUAUUUUUAUAAUUGUAUAAUGAUGUAUCUUGUAAACAUCCUGCGUAAAACCAGUGAGAUUAGUUAUGAUAUAACUGAAUGGUAGAAUGGUUUAAGGGGAUGGAUGCCCCUCUCGUGGUCCUCUGUUCUGAUGCCAGUAUUUGACUCCUGAUCAUUCCUGUGAUAUUGCAGUGCUUACUGGGGGAGAAACUGGAGCAUUUUUCUUCUUUAUUGACACCGUGUAGUUAUUGUGAUCUCUGUUUUCCCCUUUCCCACCAUCUAUAUCACUUUGUUCCCAAAGUUCCACCCAUGUAACCACCCAGAGCUGAUAGGCUGUCCCGGAGAACCUAAUCCACUCCAUUUCUCCCCUUGUCACCACCUCCACUCAAAGUACAAGACCAGGAACUGCUCUUUGAGGAUCUCACUGAGGUCUGUUGUAAGUUAGUUGACAGGAUUGAUUGCUCUGUACAGAACAUCCCACAUUCCAACAUUCUCACAAGGAGCAAUUUACAGUAGCCAAUUAUCCUACCAAUCCACAUAGAAUAUAGAACAGUACAGUACAGGCCCUUUGGUCCACAAUGUUGUGCCAACACUUUUUACCCUACUUUAACGUCUUCUCUCACACAUAGCCCUCCAUUUUACUUCAUCCAUGUGCCUAUCCGUUAGUCUCGUGAGACCAUGGAUUUGCGCCUUGGAGGGUUUCCAGGGCGCAGGCCUGGGCAAGGUUGUAUGGAAGACCGACAGUUACCCAUGCUGCAAGUCUCCCCUCUCCACGUCACCGAUGUUGUCCAAGGGAAGGGCAGUAGGGCCGAUACAGCUUGGCACCGGUGUCGUCGCAGAGCAAUGUGUGGUUAAGUGGUUAAGUGCCUUGCUCAAGGACACAACAAGCUGCCUCAGCUGAGGCUCGAACUAGCAACCUUCAGGUCACUAGACCGACGCCUUAACCACUUGGCCACAUGACAACACGUGCCUAUAUAAGAGCCUCUUAAUGCCCCUUGCCCUUGUGUCAAGGAGAAUAAUAGUAGCUGAACUAAUUGACCUUGAGGUUCCCUGUUCUCUGUGACACCCAUGUGUAUCACUGCACCAGCACAUCACUCACCUGCUCACAUCAGUCAGUGGCACCUCAACACAGAAGUGACUUGGCAUCAGAGGAGAUGACAACUCUCUGGUGUGAAUUCUAGGUUUAAAAACGACGAUACAUUCAGAAGUAAUUUAGGGGAAGUACCAAUGACUCCUUUGGCAAUACUCUGGUAUCGUUGGAAAAGUAUUUACUAUGUAAAAAAGUGACUGUCCAAUACAAAGAACAAAGAGAUUUUCUGUCAACCUUUGGAGUGAAAUCCGACCUUUCAAAAAUGAACAGAAUCAAUAACCCACGAGUUUUAAGUGGAUUAACAACUCCAUUAAUAAAAUGGGUUGGCACUUUUUUUAUUGACAGACAUUUAAAUCUCUGAACAGCAGCAUAAUUUAUGUUCUUUAGAAGUGAUAGUGCUACGUUAAAAGGAGGUAUGAGUCUUCAGAGGAAGUGUCAGACUUAGAUCAAUGGAAGGGGAGCAUCCAAGUUCAAGUCUCAUUCUGGACGCACAAACACCAAAAUCUCGGAUGGUGUUCCAAGCACAGAGGAGCUGAACCUUUGGAGGAGCUGUUCCCAGAAGAUGAGAUGUGAGCUCUCUGCAAUCCUUUGUGCUCUGCUAAGGGGCGAUGGAAUAUGUGCCCAUAUAUUUAUCCCUUCAGUCACUGAUUGUGAAUGACGUGGCAUUGGGUUGAAUUGUGUUUGCCUCUCCUUGGCUGGUUACGGUAAUACUUACCUGUGCCCUGUUGGACUCACAUCCAUGGUGGUUUCCCGAGGCUGUGGUUUGUGACUAGGCGUCAGGUGAUGGGACAUCAUCAGAUCACAUCACCUUACAACAGUGGUCAGUAGUCAACAAUCAGGGUUCAAUUUCUGCUGCUGUCUGUAAGUUCUCACCAUGACAGUGUAGGUUUCCUCCCGAUACAUUGCGUUCCUCCCACAUUCCAAAAUUGUACAGCGUAGUGUUAGUGAGCUGAGGACAUGCUGUGUUGGGACCGGAAGCGUGGUGACACUUAGCACAAUCCUCACUGAUUUGAUAAUUAUUUUUUAUUUAUUUAGAGAUGGAGUGCAGAACAGGCCCCUCCAGCUCAAUAAGCCGCACCAACCAGCAACCCACCAGUUUAACCCUAGCCUACUCAUGGGACAAUUUACAAUGACCAAUUAUCCUACUAACUGGUAUGUCUUUGGACUGUGGGUGGAAACCAGAGCACCCAGUGGAAACCCACACACUCAUGGAAAGGUCAUGCAAACUUAUUGAAGGCAGGACUGGAAUUGAACUCUGAACUCCAACGCCGCAAGUUGUAGGAGCUCUGCGCUAACUGCUGUGCUACGACGGGCAUCCUGAUUGAGGCAGGAAUCCAGAAAGGAAAUGCAGAAUUCUGUUUCUGAGCUUGCUGUCUUAUCUGCUAAAACCCUUUAUAAUGUUCCAGUGAUUAUUCUGCUGCAUUCUGAACCAGUAUGUUACCAUAAAAGUUUAUGUAAUCGUAUAACGUAGAUCCUUAAAAGACCCUUUCACAGCCACUUAAAUAGCAAAGUAAAAGAAUAAUUCCAUGCAGUGAAAUAUUUUUCCUCAAAGUCUACAAUACUACUAAACUGAGGAAACCUUCACUAUCAUUUGUACCUCAGGUCACACAACUCACGCAAGCGACACUUUUCAUUGUAUGCUCCAGUUUGCAUGUGAAAAGUACUGCUAAUCUUUAGACCAGGUGUCUGUGGUACUCUGGAUUUCCGGCAACUGCAAAAUUUGUUAUGUUUAUGAUGCCACUCUAACUGACCCCUUCUGACAGAACAAAUAAUGUCAUUUUCUUUUUACAAUUUCUAAUGUCUCCUGAUGAUUGGAGACAUUUAAAUGCACUUAAGGAACAUUUGCAUAAAUGAAGAAACAUCAAACAUUCUACCAUUCAUGUAGAUUAACUAAAUCAUUACUAAUAAUUUUUAAAUGCAGUGAAAGGAAACAAUCCCCUUUCCUUUUCACAUGAAGGGAGCUCGGCUAGGUGCACUGGUUUGGCUUGGAGUUGGUCAUUUGUACACGUCUCUCCAGCUCAGUGUGGUACUGAACUGGCAGCUGUGAUCCCAGAGCAGAUCGAGCCUCCAGCAUAUUCUGUAUCUCCAUGAUACAUUGUGCAGAUGCAUGCACUCCAGCUACACAGACCCUCUCUAAGGCGCGGCUAGUCGGUUGAUAGCACAAUGUCAGACUCAUUAAAAGCCAUUAUGCUUUUGUGUCACCUUUUAUGUAAGCAAACUCAUCUCAGCAUUUUCCACAUUAUUAAAGCACUUCAUCAAAUGCAAAACAUUUGGAAUGUUGUAGAAAAGAUGUCAUAAGGAGUUUGAGGCAGAUUUUAUUCCUGGAAAAGUUUGCAUUCUGUCUGUUCUAAAAUAUUGUUGUAUUGGCUUUCAUUAGUUGGGGAAUUGAGUUCAAGAACCACAUGAUGCUGCAGCUCGAUAAAGUCCUGGUUAGUCCACACAUGGAAUAUUGUGUUCAGUUCUAGUCGCCUCAUUUCCCUGCCUCACACAACAUAGAAAUGUCACUAAAUUUAUGCAUUGUGUUUAAAGGAUUCUCUGGAACCAGUUUAAUUUUUUCAAAAUGUAAAUCAGGCACUGAAUUGCAUAUCUGAUCCUAUAUUUUUAAAAAGAAAUCAUGUUUGUCUUGUGCCUGUUUGGUAUGUUAUGAUUAUAGUAACUUCGGGGUGAAAAUCCUCUGAAUUAGUUGUCUGUUUCUGAAGUGUAAUUUUGUUUUUCUUUUGUCCAUUUAACCUACAACUAAAAUAAAGUGUAUUUUUUGCUACCUUAUUGUUUAUUUCAUGUUUCUAUUAAGGUGUUGAUUUCAUGAGG